UCCGCGUAUGGUAAUUUUGGCACGCCGCCAGCAGCAAACAGGCUGCGUUCAACUAGGUCCGCGUGCUGUGUACAUAAGCCUCAGCUCUCACAGCGCGCCAUGCUGUUUACUCCGACUGUUGUGCGACUGUAGAAGACGAAGAAAGAGCGACGAUGUCCGGCCGAGGAAAAGGCGGCAAAGGUCUGGGAAAAGGAGGCGCCAAGCGUCACCGUAAAGUGCUCCGCGAUAACAUCCAGGGCAUCACCAAACCGGCCAUUCGCCGUUUGGCUCGCCGUGGCGGUGUCAAGCGUAUCUCCGGUCUGAUCUACGAGGAGACUCGCGGCGUGUUGAAGGUCUUCCUGGAGAACGUGAUCAGAGACGCAGUCACCUACACUGAGCACGCCAAGCGGAAGACCGUCACCGCCAUGGACGUGGUGUACGCGCUGAAGCGCCAGGGCCGCACGCUUUACGGCUUCGGCGGCUAAACCGAACCCGGACCGACCCGCGCACCGACACCGACACCCUCCAACUCUUAAAAGGCUCUUUUAAGGGCCGCCCACCUGAUCUGUAAAAGGGCAAAAUCCGAAAUCUGUUUGUAUUUCUUUUUUUCAUUUUUUGAACGGUAGGCUGUGCCAAGAUCUUUUCUACAUAAAUAUUUUCAGUUUUGUAAUUUCUUUCUUUCUGUUUUUAUGGUAUGUAAUUUGUAAAUUCAUAUUAUUUUCUUUUAUAAAAAUAUACAUUUUUCAAUUUAGUUUAUU